CACUGUUAUAAUAUUUAAAUUGAUAAAGGCCUUCAUUGCUCGUCAGUACAUCACCAAAGCUGGUCGACUAACCUAACAGUCGUUUUUGAAUCUGUAUCAAGGAUUUAUGGUCUCAUUUCGCCUACUCUGUUUCUCUAUUCAUUACCUAGUGAGGUGUACCUUGGAUAUUCAAAAUGGCGAGAAUGCAGAUGAAAAUCAUUUCAUUUUUUGAGGUUUUACUCUGUUUUGCGAACAUCUUUUCCUUGGUUGGCACGGGUCUUGGAGAUUUGAGCUACUCUAUUCCAGAAGAAUUGGAUGUUGGAUCUGUCAUUGCAGAUAUAGCCAAGGAUCUUGGACUCGACGCGCGCGGGCUAUUACAUCGCAAGGCAAGAUUAGAUUCAGAUGGGAGCAGCAAACGCUUUUGUGACAUAGACUUACAAGCCGGCAGUCUGGCGAUCUCCGAGAGAAUUGACCGCGAAGAAUUGUGUGGUGCUAAAACUGCUUGCUCUUUGAAAUACGAAUUAGUUCUUGAGUCCCCGCUUGAACUGCAUGCCAUUACUUUGCAGGUUGAGGAUGUAAAUGAUAAUACACCGAAAUUCCUUAAUGACAAAGUUAAACUUGAAAUCAGAGAAUCCGCUGUGAAAGGGGCACGGUUUCCUUUACCUGAAGCGCACGAUUCAGAUGUGGGACACAACGGAAUUCAAAACUAUAAGCUGGAGAACAGCGAUCAUUUUGCAUUGGCUGUACAUUCAAAUUCGGAUGGGGGUAAAUACAGCGAGCUGAUCUUAGAGAAUGAAAUAGAUCGUGAAAAUGAGGAGGAAGUGAUAUUUUCGCUGUCUGCUAUUGACGGCGGUACUCCACAGAGAUCUGGAACUGUUAUAAUUCAUGUCACAGUCAUGGAUGCAAACGAUAAUUUGCCUGUGUUCAGCCAGCCUGUUUAUGAAGUCAAUCUGCCAGAAAACGCCCCUUCAGGUACUGUUGUUCUGACCGUAAGUGCCACAGAUGCGGAUGAAGGCGCAUAUGGCGAGGUCACGUAUGAAUUUAGCCGCAUAUCAGACAAAGCAGCGAGACUGUUCGCAAUAGACAACUUGAGUGGAGAAAUCAAAGUAAUUGGUUCAAUUGACUACGAGGAGAAACAUGAGUAUGAGUUAAGGGUCCAAGCCAAAGAUGGUGCAGGUUUGGCCUCUAAUGCUAAAGUAAUUAUAGAGAUAAGUGAUGUCAAUGAUAAUGCACCUUUGAUAUUUAUCAAAUCACUUAAUAACCCUAUUCCUGAGGAUACAGCACCAGGCACAGAAGUGGGCAUAAUUAAUGUGCAGGAUAAAGACUCUGAGGGAAACAGACAGGUCCGCUGUGCCAUUCCAGAAAACAUCCCUUUUAAAUUGAAUCCAUCUGUGAAGAAUUAUUACUCACUGGUCACUGCAGCUGAACUAGACCGUGAAAAGUUAACUCAGUAUAAUAUUACAAUAACUGCAAUUGAUGAAGGCAAUCCACCACUGUCAUCCUCCAAGACUAUUCUCUCUCUGUGUCUGAUGUAAAUGAUAACCCUCCUGUAUUUGAACAUCAGUCCUACAGUGCAUAUGUGA